AUGUACAAAACCAAAACAGGUCAAAAGAAGUUCAGCUUCACGCGUUUCAUGUCAAACGCAGUUCCCAGCAUUGCCGGUGCAUCCCAAGACAUAGACCUCUCAGGCUGCGAGCCCGACCUGGCCUUCAUGUACCAGCUGAGCGAGCCCGACCCGCUUCUCCUGUCUCCCGGCGUGUUUGCCCACGCCGGCAUCACCUCUGCGCCCAAGAUCUCGGCUGCGGUUUACAAGGCUCUUCUCAAGAACGGAGUGUUAGAGCAGAAUUCACCCACCGUGCAUACAGAAAGGAUUACGAAGAACUUUGCCAACCAAGUAUCGGGCAUCACGAGUCAUGCGCAGAAGAAACUCAUCAACUUUCUGUUCUUUUGGGAAGAGGAGGGGCAGCGAUGGAAGAAGCUCGUCGGGGAAUUGGAAGAGUUGAGAGCCGUCAUUAUCGAAGAGAGAGAGAGUGGUGGAAACGUGGGGACGUAUGAGAAGCGACUUGCUGAGGUGGAGGGAGAGAAGAGAUUACGCCCGAGCUUGAGGUCGAAGGAGAAUCAUGAACUGCCGGGGUAUGACCAGAAGUAG